GGGAAUUGGUCGGGAAUUGAUUGGCAUUGAGACCGAUGUAACGGAUCGCGUGUUGCUGCCCUUGCUCUCCCAGCACUUCCUCCCCGCCCACCCCCCUCAAAGGGAGUCCAGUCCACCUCCUUCCCUCCUCCCACCAACCCCCAAAUUCCCCAAUCUGCUUAAUUCAAUUCAAAUCAUCGGCGCGCAUUGAACCUGAAUCCACCGUCCACUCGAUACCCUCACCGAGACUCGACCCUCAUCUGUCGCAGCAUUCGGAUCGGGUUUAGUCUACAUUCCAGCUUCGACCACUGAUUCCGCCCCAGGAUCAGACAAUAUAAUUGUUGGCUUAGAAGUUACCGGAAGCCUAUCGGAGUCGACUCUUUCAUUUUCGCAUCGAAUCAUACUCUUUCAAUCGCCGAAUACGCGGCUACCGUUCCAAUGCGGCCCCAACGGGAAUACCAUAUCGUCGUUUUAGGUGCUGGAGGUGUGGGAAAGAGCUGUCUUACUGCUCAAUUCGUGCAAAAUGUCUGGAUUGAGAGUUAUGACCCGACAAUUGAGGAUUCAUACCGGAAGCAGAUCGACGUGGAUGGCCGGCAAUGUAUUCUGGAAAUACUGGACACUGCAGGAACAGAACAGUUCACGGCCAUGAGAGAGUUGUACAUGAAACAAGGCCAAGGGUUUCUGCUCGUAUUCUCGAUUACGAGCAUGUCCUCGCUGAACGAGUUGUCCGAGCUCCGCGAACAAAUAAUCCGCAUCAAGGAGGAUGAGAAAGUUCCCAUCGUCAUUGUGGGCAACAAAUCCGACCUGGAAGAGGACCGCGCCGUGCCACGCGCGCGCGCCUUCGCCCUCUCCCAAACCUGGGGAAACGCUCCUUACUACGAAACGUCGGCCCGUCGACGAGCGAACGUCAACGAAGUCUUCAUUGACCUCUGCCGACAGAUCAUCCGAAAGGACUUGCAAGGAAACUCCAAGGGCUCCGACUCAGAUCGCAAACGGGAAGGUGGCAAUCGGCAGGACCGUCGAAAGGACAAAAAGCGCCAGACCCGGCGUAAGGGACCCUGCGUGAUCCUAUAAUUAGUCCUACUCGCGACCUUUCCCCAACACGACGAACGUACCACCGAAUAAACGAGAGCAAGCGCAUGGGCUAGCCCCCUGAACACUUACUAUCUUAUAUCGCUCACCAUUACGCACAUGACUUAUCCACUGCUCACUGCACAUACCCCGUCUACAAAGCUUGUCUAAUGUCG